CGCGGAAGUGCAAAUAUUGCGGGGACAGGCAGCUAAUAAAAAGCACGGGACUGGGUAUUAUCCGCUUCUUAGUAUUCAAACAUCGCAUUCUGCUCAGAUUUAUUCAUUGAAGGGCUGGAAACAAUCGCGACGAUGUCCGUUGCAAACCCGAGGCAAAGCUUUUUAAACCCGACGAUUCCCUUCGCCGGAACAAUCCUGGGAGGACUGCAGCCAGGAGAAAUGGUGCUCAUCCAAGGUGCUGUCCUCAGCGAUGCUGACAGGUUUCAGGUGGACCUUACCUGUGGAAGCAGCACCAAACCCCGGGCAGAUAUAGCCUUCCACUUCAAUCCCCGCUUCAGGAAGUCUCCGUGCAUUGUCUGCAAUUCCCUGCAGCAGGAGCGCUGGGGCAAGGAGGAGAUCCACUACCAGAUGCCCCUCCAGCAGGGGGCUGCCUUUGAGAUCAUCAUAUUGGUUCAGAAGGACAUGUUCAAGGUGGCAGUGAAUGGUGCUCAUCUGCUGGAGUACAAAUAUAGGCUGGACCUGCGCCGGGUGGACACGAUAGGGGUAUCUGGGAAGGUCAAAGUACAGGCUAUUGGCUUUAUCCCAGGCUCAACCUCAGUCCAAACUCCUCCAUCUAGUGUGGUGACCAAGGGCUCAGAGUCUAAUGCAGUAUUUUCAGAGUCUGGUGACUUGAGUCUUCCCUACAAGGGGAGAUUGCUGAGGGGUCUGAGUGCUGGAAACACCAUCACAAUAAAAGGCCAUAUUAGCCUCUACCCACACAGCUUCACGGUGAACCUGCGCAUUAGCAACACUGAGGACAUCGCUCUACACCUGAAUCCCCGUCUCAAGGCAAGUGUCUUCAUCCGCAACUCCUUCCUGGACGAUUCCUGGGGCCCUGAGGAGAAUGCCCUGUCCGGUGCCUUCCCCUUCCUGCCUGGGGAAUACUUUGAGAUGAUCAUCCGAUGUGAUGCCCACCUGUUCAAGGUGGCUGUAAAUGGGGUUCACCUGUUGGACUACAAGCAUCGGGUGCAGGAUGUGAGUUGCAUUGAUGAGCUGGAGAUCCUGGGUGAUCUGCAGCUCCUGGACAUUAAGCUGUGGUAACCCUGUUCAUCAGGCCUGGCCCCGCCCACAUCCCCUCAGCUCUGGACCCCUGCCACCUUGAACAUGUACAGUUCUUAUCAACUUGUGAAUGACUGUUGGGUCUCAUGGAACUCUGUCCCCCUCCUCUCACAUCUUUUUAGUUAUGCCAGUCUGAUUACACUCAUUUUCUUCAGCAUUAGAUUUUUAACCUUGUUUUAUGUAAUAGACUGACUGAAUGUAUUAUGAAAACUGUCAGUCGACUGCAUCUGUUUUUAAGAUAUCAGAAAAAAUGCUUAAAUGAUCAAGUGCAGUAUAUAAUCUAUUGCCGUAGCAAGAUUAUAGAUAUUUCUGGUAUAUAUUGGAGAUGGGGAAACCAGGUUGAACAGGCAGUUUUAAGCAUGAUUGAUGUAUCAGGUUUUUGAAGGAUUUAUUGUGCUUUUUACCCAGAUAAAACUGAGGAAGUCUGAGGGUUUAAUCAUUUAUCAUAUUUUUUACUCUUCUGUUAAUAUAGAAUGAAUGAAAAUUACAUUGUAACUCAUAGUUUAAUACAGCACUUUUGACACCAUUAUGAGAUACAGAUGUACAUCAAAAUUAUAAAAAGCACAGUAAAAAUGUGGUGAUAAGUGUA